GGGAAUCGUUUCGAAGCAAAGUCGACGGGAUGGAUUCCCCGAUUGACCACUAUCGCGAACCGCUUGAGUGAAAAAGAAAACUUAGCCGAGCAAACGAAAAAACCAACAGCGAAAAGACAACAAACAAACCGUUAGUGAUUAAAUCGGUGAAUCGGCUUUCGUAACCACUCCGAAACGUUUCGAUCGAGUUGCGAACGGAUCGAGCAAGACGUUACCUUUCGUGUGUCGCUCCUACACGGUGGAGCUGCUACCUCAUUGAGAACCUCGGGGCACUUCAGCGUACCCAUCCGCCCAGCUACCUCAACUCAAACACGCAAACACAACCCUCAAUGACGCGACGGUUACAGCAGUGCAUACGAAAGUGGACCGUGUGGUCAGCGUACGCCCUAGGGGUCGGUCUGCUUGUGUGGUUCAGGUGCAAUCGUUCCUGAAAGGUGACCGAGAGUCGUGUCGUGCUUAACGUUCUCCAAGUGCCAAAACACGACCUGCAAACAACGAAUUCGGCUCGACGCGCGAGCAAUAUUCGAUUGCCGGAAAAAAAGGUUGUACGCAUGACAUCAUCCGUGUCCGAACCGUGUCAGUGAGCUCGAACGCUGCGCCUGUCUCCAGAAUGACCAAUCUCGCCCGGCAUUACCCGGGGGACGCUUUCGGAUCCGGUAGCUCCAUCCACGACUAUCCAGAGCAUCUGAAUCCCUUCUACGAGGAUGAAAAUCACAAACGGCUACGGUUCUGGGAUCGUAAGUCACAUCGGCGCGGCAGCCUGUCCAGCUUGCGCGACGGAUUCCGCGAGUUGUGGCAAUACUCAUCAAACCGUUUCGGAAAGAAACGCUCUUCGACGCUGGGGAUAAACAAAACUUCCGAAAGCCCGCCGCCACUGAGAAGGGAUACGUACGAUCUCGACGCCGUCGCCGGUACCAGUAGCGGGUAUCGCAACACGGUGAAUGCUCCCGGCUAUGGAACGACACGCGAAAGCCAAUCCUACACCACGACACCUCUGUUCGUGCGGCACACGCGCUACCGCAGCUCCUUGCAAGACUAUCAAAAGGACAACGGCAACGAUGAAAUUGGAUUUAUGAGGAAUGAUCGCUACCGAAGCACGAUUCAGAAUGGGUUCGCCACGUACAACUCGGGCAUGGUUACGUCUAUGCCGAGAAAAAAGCAAGCUCCUCCCAAACCGUACGGUACUACGCCACGAGUACCGCAGCAGUACAACAACGUCAAUCCUUUCGAUGUCGAUUUGGAACCGGAAGGGGAUACUUUGUCCACCGUUAGCGUGGACAGUAGUUACAGCAACACUCUGCGAUCGCACACUUCUGGAACCAGAACUCGCACCAAACGACGAGCACCACCACCUCCUCCGGUGGCUGUUAAACCUGCAAACCGUAUCGUUUCUACCCCCGAGGAACCAGCUGCCGAGGAUGCUCAGAACGAGGAUCUCCGCAAUCUUACCGCUGAGAUUGAAAGCUUUGUGCGCAUCUCCACGGUAAACGGCGAUGCCACUGCGAAGGAAACUUCCACCGUCCGAUCGGAUGUAAACGCGGAACCUCGAGUGCAGCUACCGCACGAUGUAAAUAAUAAUAGCGCACCGGCUGAGAUUCCCACAACGAUAUCCACGAUAGAGAAUGAACUUGUGGGAGCAAACAGUAAUGUGGAAACCACAAUUGCUAAAGAAUCUACGGAGGUUAAGAAAAUUAUCAACACCGAACAGCAACUAACUACACAAAAAGAAAGCAAUGAGGUACUAGCGAUCGACGACACGAAACCGGCGGUGGUACACUCUGCCUCCGCGAUUACCGUAGACACGGUUGCCUCCGUUCCGGCAGAAACGAGUCCGACGCCAUCGCCCAGGAAAAAGGUUGAGAAAACGCAACCGGAAGUUCGUCCGGAAGAACCACAGCAAGUUACAGCAUCUAGGGCAGAACUCGAUUUCGAACAUCUGGCUCUACCGGCUACCCCCGUUCCAAUACGAAGAACGAAUCGUGAAAACCGGGAGAAGUACAUUACCCAAUCUGUUACUACCACUGCAGGCAAGGUGACGAACGAUAAACCUGCCGUCCCGAAAUCGAUUCCGCCCACCGACCCGAUCGAUGACGAAGGACCGACGACGACGAUUAUAGUGGAUAACUUGCAGUACAAGCAUAAGGUGGCUCCGAUUCAUACCGAAAUCAGCAGCAAGAUCGAAUCCGCACGCAUGAAGAUCAGUGAAUCGACCGGCAACAUACCGACGGUGGCGAGCGAGAACAACACCAACGAAAGGCGCCGCUCGGUUAAAGACAUUAUAGAGUCCAUCAACAAGAGUCAGAGCAUGCUCAAGGUUAACCACGAUCCGUCGUCAACUAGCAAUGGCGGCCUGCACGAAACGCAAUCGACCGACAGCAUGGUGCGAAACAUACGCGAGCUUAACGAACGCGAAAAGGAGAUCCAGAACCUGCUGCAGGAUAUUGAUGCACGUUACGGGAUGAGCAGUGCACCGGUCACAGGGGAUGCAGGGGGCGAGCAUGUAAUGGUUCCGGGUCGGGGUUCGUACUACGACAACGUCACGGAUGACAACCUGAACGACAAUCUGGACGACAAAAACAACAUGUACGCUGCGUCGGGCUUUCGAAUUAAGAAAAGUCCUACCAAAACGGUAAUCAUUGCGGAGGGUGGCGAUGAUCAACAGUUUCAAGAUUGCAUCAAUUGGAACCCACUACCAAAGCCUAGACGUAGCCAUAUUUUGGUAGAAGAUGGAGCGGAUGCCGAAAAGUCCGUAGCGAUCCCUGGCGCACCCUCCUCCUAAUGUGCCUAUCUAGUUGUUUAUCCGUUUUAUCGAUGCUUUACCCUUAGUGAUGUGAUGGUGGUUACGCGUGAUCGUACUUUAGUGACGGAAGUAGAAUAAAAUUCAUGUUGCAUUAUUAUUUAUACCUUACAAUUAAAUUU